AUGUGUUGUCGAAACGGGCCUAAGUCGCUGCUUGACUCUGAUUGGUCAGAGGUCGAGCAGAGCAGAGACCCGUUCGUCUAUAAAAGAAAGGGCAAUUCAACCUUUCAGUCAAACAAUACUUCCAAAGUCCUUAGUGUAGGCAAAUCUGUUCUUCUUGAGAACAAAUUCCACGGCGAAGAGGUCCACCCGGAUCUCCAGGUCACUUGUCAACGACAGUGGCCACCAGCGAGUCUACCCACGUGCUACCGACGUCGGACCGAUCCCUGGCUUCCAGCAGGGUCGCUUCCAGGACACCUGCAGGACGAUUCCAGGUAUCCAGCGAAGCCGUUCACUGGCUUCCAGCAGUGCUGCUUCCAGGCCACCCAUCGUAGCACAGACGCUAUGCGUGAAAGGAAGGGCAGGCCUAUCCUAGAUGCCUAUCGAGCCGAACUUCGACGAAAACUACUUGGUGAUGAGACUGGAGAACUAGAAAUUGCACUGAACAACAUGCAGCUACCAAGCGCCACCGCCGCACUACUGUCAUCAGUCGGCAAAGUCGAAGCAGAUGGACGAGUUUGGCACUCCAUCUUUCCGGAGUUACCCGAAGACCCUGAACAACAAGUAGUCUUCCGCACCCUCUGUAUUAAUGUUACGAACAUUCGCCAGCUAGUGGUCGCCCUCGCAGACCCCAACACGCCGCUAGCUUCCAGGGAGUACUUCAUCGCCCACAAUUCCCUGCCGGGUGCGAAUUUUCAAAACGCAUUAUUACAGAACCCCGACGAUAUCUGGCCAGAGAUAUACGACAUUGAGGACCUACAAGAGGACAUCCACGCGUACAACAACCUCCUUACGCGUAUCGGUCCCCGUAUGCCUGGACACUUCCUAACUAUCGUUGAAUGGAGUGGAAGCGCUACAGAAAGCGCACUAGCAUGUUCUGAUGUCCAUGAGAUGCGUAUCCAGACCCAGUGGGAGGUGCAACCCGUUCGAGAACGAGGAGCCGCAAGGCGAAGAGACGUACGCGGUAGACUUGUUGCCGCAGAACAGCACGUCGCACUUGUCCCCACAACGGAAAGGAUCCAAGGAAGACAAGCAUCACUGCAUUGAAACAUCGGAGUAACAAGGCCACCUGCAGCACGUUUCCAGUAUCCAGCGGGGCCGCUUUCUGGCCCCAGUAGGGCCGCGUCCAGGCCAUCCAGUAGGGUCGCUCCCAGGCAUCCAGCGGGGCCGAUCCCUGGCCCCCCAGUAGGGCAGCUCCGGGAAUAUCCAUACUUCCGCAGGAACUGGGCCGUCGAGUACAACAUGGCGCCCGAGCAGG